UCUCUUGUACUUUUACCUCAAAUGUUAUCACUUUAUCAGGUCUACAAGUCAAAUUCUUGAGUGGGUCAUUAAGUGAUAAUUACUGGGGAUAUCGCUUCCUUCACCAUUAUAAAAUAUAUAUCGCUUUGAAGUACAAGUCUUCGAUUAUUUUUGGAAUAUUUGUUAAAAAAAUGGCUUUAAAUAAAUUAGCAAUCGAUGCUGUUAAUUUGGUGAAUAAACGAGUUUUAAUGAGGGUGGAUUUUAAUGUCCCGUUGAAGGAUGGGAAAAUAACAAAUAACCAACGGAUUGUCGCCGCUUUAGACAGUGUGAAGUACGCACUGGACCAAAAUGCAAAAAGCAUCGUACUUAUGUCGCACCUCGGGAGGCCCGAUGGCACAAAGAAUAUGAAAUACACACUCAAACCAAUAGCCGCUGAGUUAAAAACUCUGUUGAACAGGGAGGUGACUUUUCUUUCUGACUGUGUCGGCCCUGAUGUGGAAAAAGUCUGCGAAGACCCGAAGCCUGGUUCUGUUAUUUUACUAGAGAACUUACGCUUCCACGUUGAAGAAGAGGGAAAAGGCGUUGAUAGUUCUGGGCAAAAGUUUAAACCACUCCUCCAGAGCCCUGCCAAAACCUCGGAGGUAAAGGCGAAUAAAGAAUCUGUGACAAAAUUCAGACAGUCUUUGAGGAAAUUGGGUGACAUUUAUGUAAAUGAUGCCUUUGGUACUGCCCACAGGGCACAUAGUUCUAUGCUAGGGGAAGGCUUUGAACAAAGGGCUGCAGGAUUCCUAUUGAAAAAAGAACUCGAAUACUUCGCAAAGGCUUUAGACAAUCCAGAAAAACCUUUUCUGGCUAUACUAGGUGGGGCUAAAGUUGCCGAUAAAAUUCCUCUGAUUGAAAAUCUUCUGGAUAAAGUUUCAGAAAUGAUAAUAGGUGGAGGGAUGGCGUAUACAUUUUUAAAAGAGAUGAACAAUAUGAAAAUUGGUGAUUCUUUAUAUGAUAAGGAAGGAGCCAAAAUUGUUAGUAAACUAAUGCAAAAGGCUGAGAAUAAUAAAGUGAAGAUUCACCUUCCUAUUGAUUUUGUAACUGCGAAUAAGUUCGCUGAAGAUGCUGAAACUGGUGUAGCUACUGUAAAAGAGGGCAUACCGGACGGAUGGAUGGGAUUGGACAUCGGACCAGACACGAGAGUUGCUUUUAGUGAACCUAUCAAAAGAGCUAAAGUUAUUGUUUGGAAUGGGCCACCUGGUGUUUUUGAAUUUGAAAAAUUUUCUUGUGGUACUCGUGCAGUCAUGGAUGCUGUAGUGGAAGCAACAUGCCUUGGCGCGACAACAAUUAUAGGAGGUGGCGACACAGCUACGUGCGCUGCAAAAUAUAAGACUGAAGAUAAAGUAUCCCAUGUGUCUACGGGUGGUGGUGCCAGCUUGGAACUCCUUGAAGGAAAGACCCUUCCUGGAGUUGCUGCACUUUCGAAUGCUUAACUACUAAAAAAAUUAACAUAUUUUACAAAUAGAAAUUUAUUUUUU